GUCAAAUGAUAUUACUAAAAACACCUGCUGCUAAUUGAUUUAUUUUGUUAGAAAUUGAUGUGAUUAGGAAAAGUGAUUACUGAAAUAAAAUUUACGUUUGGUGGAUAAUGAGAAAUUGUUUCAGCGGAUGCCGGACAACCUUAUUAUACCUAUUAACUACAUCGUAAUGGCGGAAGCCGAACCUGACCUUAGUACCUUUGAAAAUAAAACCGGCCUAGCCGAAGACAUGAAAUUCCUAGCCUCCAUGCCAGAACUUUGUGAUGUUACCUUCCUUGUAGGAGAUACCCGAGAACCUGUAUGUGCUGUCAAAGCUGUCCUCGCAGCCAGAUCCCGUGUCUUCCAUAAAAUGCUAUACCAGGCACCUAGUCCUCAACGUAGAAAGGAUCCACCCCCAAGAGAGAACAAACUUCGUUUGUUUCUAAAACGGUCUUCUGAACCUCUGCUCAAUUUACAAAAUGCAUCUCAAUCCAGAGGCUUCACCCAGCAGCUGGCACCUAUCCAAGAGCCUACUUCUCAACAACAUCAAACACUGAUAAUUGAGGAAUUUGAACCUGAUGUUUUCCGACAACUGAUAGAGUACAUUCAUACAGGAUGUGUUACUCUACAACCCAGGACUCUAUUAGGUGUAAUGAAUGCCGCAGAUUAUUAUGGUUUGGACGAAUUGAGAAGGGCUUGUGCUGGAUUCGUACAAUGCUGUAUUAAUGUUGACACCGUAUGUGCUCUUUUAGCUUCGGCAGAGCGAUACAUACAGUACAAAUGUACAAAAUCAUUGGUACAAAAGGUUUUAGAAUUCGUGGACGAGCAUGGAAACGAAGUAUUAAAUUUGGGGUCAUUCACACUUUUACCCCAACAUGUGGUGAGGCUUAUUUUAGCAAGAGAAGAACUACAAGCAGAUGAAUUCACCAAAUUUCAGGCUGCACUUAUGUGGGGUAAGAAGUACUGCGACAAUAAUCCAAGUACGAGUAUAAAAGAAGUGGUCGGAAAUUUUUUAGAAUACAUCCAGUUUCACAAAAUACCCACUAAUGUUCUAAUGCGAGAAAUAUACCCUUUAGGAUUACUUCCCCAGAGUCUAUUCGUGAAUGCUUUGGCAUAUCAGGCAGACCCAACAAGUGUCGACCCUGGAAAACUCUCUCCAAAUCGGGUAAGACGUCAGACGCAAGGCCGUUCAAUGUCAGUUCAGAGCUCCGAUCCAUAUGGCUCUAAUACGACAUUGAGUAGUAGCCAAUCCAGUGAACUAGCUUCAUCAGACGGAAAGCAUUCUUCCAACUAACAUAAGGCCACUGUUGCGCCCGCUCCCCCGCCUACAAUAUCUGUAUCACCAUCUCCAAAACAUCAACCCAUCCCACCUCCAACUGUUACCAUCAGUUCUUCAUCACCUUCCCCGCAAUCAUCUCCUGCUCAUUCUUUUACUUUCACUAUUGUUUUAAAGAAAGUAACACCGAAGGAAACUUCAACUUGAGAUAAUAAAGUAUAAUUUGGUUUAUUUAACCUGUUCAAUCAAAACAAGAAUGACAAUCUAAAUCAUACGAAUAAUUGGAGGAUGGAUGCUUUGUAAUACGAUACGUUAUGGUACUAAGUUAAAUUCUAUGUUAACUUAUUUCAAGAAAUUGUAAAGAAAUCUGGCGACUUUGCUCAAAUGUUAUAACCACCGUGGGAUAAGUUUAGAUGAGACAGGGUGCUUUUACGUGGUAGUAGAACUUUCUUAUAUAACCUAAAAGUUUCUACCAUCCCCACAAGUAUCAUCCUUCUAAUUAUGAUUAAGUUUUGUUAAAUAAUUUCUGACGUUUUAAUAUGUUGUAUUCAGAUUGAGAUCUAAAUUUUUCGUAUUUAUUUAUCAAAUAAUUAGUGUUAAAGUGAGGAAGUUCUAAUUUAUUUGAAAAAAAUUUCGAUACUUUUCAAUUAUAAUGUUUUCUACAGUAACUGAAAGAAAAACACAUUUGUUGCUGUGUGUAAAUUCUGCAAUUUUUCUUUUCAGUACUUAAAUAAUUAAAAAUACAAAUAGUGGGAAUGAUGGUGGUAUUUUUAGACGAUAUGACCCCACUACACAGACAGCAAUUCGAAAAUAGAAUAUACCAAGAAUUUUGCGUGAUCUUCUAGUUAUGAAUCCCUCGACGAGAAAAUACCGAGUUUCUUAAUUGUGGGGAUAUUAUUAAAAUCUAUUUUUCCCCGAAAAUGAUCCAUUAUUUUUUCAAUUAAAGUGCACUAAUCGAUUUCGCCAAUCCAAAUUUGACAGGAAACAUUUUUAUUUUAAGAAAAAUGCCUUUGGUUUUACAAUUAAACUAAAAUCAGUACUUUUUGUCGUUGUUGUUGUUUCUCAUACAUUUAGUUUAUGAACAAUUUUUUCACUAAAGCGCUAACUGUAUAAUCGUCUGCCUUAAGCAGGACAGGACGUGCACUGAAUCGACUCCGCUCGGUCGGAUCGGAAAAGAACGGUCGGCAUUUUUUGAUGUACUUGUAUUUAAAUGUAUUAUUAAAGUCCCACUGUUAUGCCAAUAAAUGGUUCCAAGCCUCAACGGCGGCAUCGUAGGCAGUGAUGUAAUGCUUCGACAGAGAAUGCCGAAGGGGGCAAAACUGCCGAACAUUCCGAAAAUAUUUUAAAUUCAGGUUCAAAUUGCAGAGCUAUUUGACGAAAUUUCAAUAGACAUGUUGAGGAAAUAUUUUGACCUGUAUGAUCCAUGAGACAACAUAAUUUACGUCCCGCUUUUCAAAUGGUAAUAGCUCACAAAAGUGAAAAAAUUUUCUUCGUCGUUAAGUAAAUCUGGAAAUGAUGAUGAAGAAACUCUUAACUAGUUUUUCUCGUGUGGUUAAUAUAUGAAUCCAGAAUCUUGGUCUACGCUAUUACAUUUAUUCGCAUACUAAUGAAAUUUCAGCAUCUUCAUCAGAUUAUAAUGAGCUUGAACUAAUUUGGAUAAAUUAUAAUUUGUGUGAUUUCCUAAGUAAGCAAAGAACAAUUGAUUAAGAGACCCUCAACAACAACACACAUCGAUUAAGUUUAUUUAAAAAUAUUAUAAAGGAUUAUGCAAAAAGGGACUAAAUACACGGUGGCUGCACAUUGGUUAGUUUUUGUUUACUACAAUGUCAAAAAUUAAUAGAAUUUGUUUUAUUACUACCAAUAUUAUUGAUCUUGUUUCAUAAUUCCUCCAUUAUCAAUAACAGCAUUAAAUGCUCAACUAGAAGAAUAAUAUAUUAAAUAUUUAGAGAACUGGAUACAAUGAUUGUUUCUAUUUAAAAUUUGUCUGUAUAAAUAAAUAUUGAUAAUCAUUUUACAUCUAAAUCUUGAUGUUUAAUAAUCUUUUUAAAAUGAAUUUUAAAUAUUUAACCAAAUUUGUAUUUAGAAAUCGGUAACAUUUAUGACUAAUACACGUCUAAAUCUGUUUCCCCUAGAGUUAUUAAACAAAAAAUAAGAUUUCUAACUAGUGGAUAUCUAUUGCAAACAAAGGAGUUUUAUGUUUCAUGUUUGUUUACAAUCCUAAUAAGAGUAGUAAAAAUCACAGCGUUAUGAUUCAACAAAAAAAAAGUAUCAUACUUAGAAUAUUCCUGUAAAUUGUAACAUUCUAAUGAAAAGCUACAGUCUAACUUUUAAGGAAAAUCCAUAAAAAAAUCAGCUAGAGACAGUUCCGAACUGCCAGGCCAUAGAAUAUCUUCUCUACACGAGACCAAUUUGUUUGUAAACAUUUCUUUAGCCUAAACUAUCCACUAUAUUGCUGUUUUAUUGUUAUUACCAUCAAAAUGAUGAAACUGCGGUCGAAAAAAAAAACAUUUCCACAUAUUCUACGUAUUUUCAAAAUUACGGACCUUUUAUCCCUUUAAAGAUAUUGGCGUCUAAGCCGUCACUUUUGUAGAAAGCAAAAGUCUUUGAUAUUUUAAUUUAUGGUUUUCACCGCUCCAAAAUCUUCAAUUUUGUUUUUUGACAUGCCCAUUUACGUACGAGUUGCUUCGUCCGAGAGGAAAAUAUUAUUAAAUUUGCCAGGACGCUUGAACAUCGUAUAUAAAAUUAUUUUCUUUCAAUUUGUGUACUAACUGUAUCUUAAAAGGAUGCAGUUGUUCGGGUUAUUUACCGAAGUCUCUCAACGCCAGCAUAUUUACAACCAUAGGAACGUCGGCGUCGCGUCGUUUCUUGUGCUAUGGCACGAUACACAUAUAAUAAAUGCAUGUGUGUAUCGUGGGCUACGGCUUCGUCGUUUCUCCUGCUCCUAGACGCUCCUAGACGGCGAAUAAUAGCAUUUUUUGUAAUAUAUAUUCUCUCGUGAAGGGAUCUGAAGAACCGUGCAAGAGCAGUUCCCACUUCUCUCCCGCGGUAAACCGCUUAAAAAAGGAAAAAUGGAAAAGGGGAAAAGAUGUUAGAGUAUUAAAUUGGUUUCACACAGAUGUACAAUCAUUAUAGGCAAUAAUCGGCUGUCAUAAAUAAAAUGAGUAAAUUGAAUUGAAAUUUUCGUCAUAUCUAUUUAGAUUGAUUUCGAUAUUAUGCUGAUUCUGUUCAAGUUGAAAUUUCGUAUGUUUUUAAAAGAAUGAGCACAAUUAUUAUCCAUGCUGUAGAACUAAAUGUUUCGCUCAUUCGAAGCAUUGUUUAACAAAUUUUCUAUAUCAAUAAAGAUUUCUUUUAAUCAACCAAUUUCAAUUUGAUCAAAAUUAAAUUUAGUAGUUAUUGGGUUACAGGGUUAUUCACAGUAUGACAUUUUUGUACCCAAUAGGAUUCAAAAUAAAAAAACAUCAGUUCUAUAGUUUUUAGAAAAUUACAUAAGAGCGUUAAUUAAUUAUCAGUCUGUAUCAAGUUUAGACUCUAAUUAAAAAUCAGAAAAUAAUAGUAAAAAAAAGGAUUUCAACGAUAAUACACAUCUUAUAUGAAAUUGGAUGAAAAAUUUUUGAAUUUCUGUAAGAUCCAUUAAUUUUGUCUCUUAAUAUUAAUUUAUAAAAAUUUUUAGGCACUGAAUAUAUGUUUAUUUUUGAUUAAAUUUAAUGCGGUUUUCGAUCAACAGUAGAUAAUUAUAAUCAUAAUGUAAGCUAAGCAGUAAAUCCAAAUAUGGAGAAAAAGCAGUCAGCUCUUAUGUAUGCAUAAUUUUUUAUUAAUUUUUAAUUAUUAUAAUAACUGCAAUCAAGUUUGAUUAUUACACUCGUGAAAUAAUAUAGAAAAACCACGGUAAUGCCUAACUAUGGUAUCAUCAUCAAGAAGGUAGUACCGGUAAUUUUAAUACUUAUUCAAGUUGACGUAUGUUUUAAAUAUUUUAUUUAAAAAAUUAAAAAAUUGAUUAAAAAAAUUGAGAUAUAUCUAAUUGAAGAUUGGUAAGUACCAAUAUACCAAUAUUUACAGUAGCAAACCGUGAUUAACAAAUUUAGAUGGUCUGAAAUUUUUCCAAAAGAAAACAUACUAUUCAGAAGGUUUUAUCGACGUCCGUCCUGAACUUAUAGAUUGAUACAGGAGAUAAAUAAGAAUCACCAAGCACUAUUUAUGUAUUUACCAAGGUCUAUACUACACUUUACUUAUAUUGUCCUUGAAGAAAAUUUGCAAUGCUCCAAUUUCCAAAAAAGCAGAUUUAACACUUCCAGUAACGACUUUACUUUUUUCGUUCGAACAAUUACAAAAUUUCUUGGUAUUCAUUAAGUUGAAAACAACCAUACUGCAAUCAACACACUCUAUUCUAGCAUAUUGUUAUUUGGUUCAAACCGCCCUAACAAACUAACUCGUAACCUAACCAUCGUAUUGAGCGUUUCGUUGUACAAAAACUUCUUCAGUUCCAUCACGCGAUUGUUUUAGCACGCCGGUACUAACAUAGGUCAUCGUAUGUCAUGGCGUAGAACACGUUCGUGUGUCCCGGAUGAAGAAUAAUAGUGCAAAGCGUGAUUCGAUUCUUGAUUUUUUUAAAAUUUCUCUAGCACUACAGCGCUAAUACACUAGCCGUACCAGAUGGUACAUAAAUUUUAUAAUUAAUUUUCAUAAUUUCUCGACUGUUUGGAUUUACAUACUUAGCUUUUCACGGAUUAUUGUAUUGUAACUAUUAAUACGUGUUACUUCCUAUUAUGAUGUUUCAUCAUACCAAUCACCUCAUUAAUCAAUCACUAAUAUUAAGAAAAAUCGUCAAAUAUUGUUGUUUACCUUGAAUUUCUAGUAUAACGUCCUAGCUCCCCCAAAGUGGUCCAAAUGUAUUUGGAAAUGACUAUAUAGCCAUAUUAUCAAAUAUUUUAUAGAUAAAAAUUAUAUUUAUAGUAACAGUAAAUAGGAUACAUGUGAAUUUAUUACGAUCUAUACAACAAACAUUUUGAAAUGUUGAUUAAUUUAUGUGACAAAAAAUAUUUUAAUGAAUUAUUUGCAACUAUUCUCUCAAUGUUAUAUCCUGUAGGAAAGAGAUAACGUGCUUUGAAAAGUAGGUAAUGUUACAUCCUCACAAAAUGGUAUUUUUUAAUUUGAGGCGGUUUCGUGUAAAAGCAUUAAUAAUUUCUAGUAAUGCACUAGUAAACUCUACAUUUAUACAAAAAUAUUGAUGAAAUUUCGGGAGAGAAAACAAAUCAAAAAUAGUUUCAAUUAAAUAUGCAAAUGGUUUGUUCAAAAAAACAUUAAUUUCUAUGAUUUUAUUUGUCAUAUUGGCAAUUUUUCUCACAAUGACUCAACAUUUUACGUUCGGUAACAAAAAAACGUUAUAAAUAAAUUAAAUCUUCAAAUUUCUUUCUGUUUAAAGCUAUAAUAACACUUUCACCACCAGCGACGAAGUUUGUGCAUCAGCAUAUUUGAAUAUGGUUAUACAGAAACAAAACUGCUUUACAAUUUAAGAACGAAAUUUUAUUCAAGGAAUCGGAACCGGAAGAAGAUAUAGGAAACGAAAAAGAAAAUGAGGAUCUCAUACAGGAACAAAUUGAUAAAGAAAUCUUAGAACAGACAGCAGGGCACAGGGAGCGUGAUAUCCCUUAUAAUGGAAUUCUAUUAUAGAGAGAUAUCACUUCUUUAUGUGGUGUACAAAAUUUUGGCUAAAGUUGUGGGAAACAGAGUCAACGAGAUAGUCGGCGAAUACCAGUGAAGGAGGUAUCAAGAAAGAGGUAUCAAGAAAGGAAGACCAACAACAGAUCAGAUAUAUACCAUUAAGACGAUCAUGGAUGAAAGCUAUGAGCAAAAUCUGGGCAUUCAAAGUAUGUUUAUAGAUUUUCAACAGGCUUAUGACACACUAGAUAGAAAUUAUCUGUAUGCUGCCUUUAAUCUACUAAGAAUCCCGAAAAAAAUUGUUAGUUAGUCAAGGUGACACUCAUACAGUGGAGUAACGCCUGAUGGAAUUGUAUCAGUUAAAUUUAGGGUUGAAAAAAACAAGGAGAUCCAUUAUCAACAGUGGCUUUUAAUAUGGUCUGGGAAAAAAUUUCACGAGAUAGCAAGAUAAAAAGGACAUGGCUCAAUGGUCCCUAUAUACAGUAGACAAUUGCAUAUGCAGACGAUUAAGCUUUAAUAACCAGAAUAACCUGAGAAAUUGAAAGAGCACUCUAUGAAAUAGAAGAGGCUGCAAAAAAUUAUGGGUUGAAUACAUAGAGAUUAAAACGGAAAAGGACAAGAAAUAUAAUAUAGAAGAAGUUUGUGAAUUCAAAUACCUGGGAACUAAAUCCGUGGGAUCAUUAAGUAAAUUGAUAAAAUGAAAGGAGACCAGCCAAAAUUAGAAUAUACCGAACAAUAAUACGACCAACAGUUACGUUCGGUGGUGAAACAUGGGUUGUAACAAUGAGUGAAGAAACAAAACUGGUUGUAUGGGAUAGAAAGGUGUUGAGGGAAAUUUUGGGGGGAAACAAGUGAAGGACUAUGAAGAAGAACUAACGAAGAACUGAAGGAUUUGUAUAAAUACCAAUCAAUAACAAGAUACAUAAAAACCCAAACAGUGAAAUGGAUUGAGCAUAAUAAAAGGAUGUCGGGAAAUAGCUUUGCAAAAUUGAAGCGCAAAAGUACAAAAUCGCAACCUGUGGAGAGGAAACGUGAAAUGAGUUGAGGACCGAUGAGAAAAGAAAAAUAAGUAAGGGGCCUCAAAGGCCUGUAGUAUUGUAAAUUAUGAGAUAAUAUAUUAGAAUUGAAUACUGCAUUACCAAAUUCCCAACAUAAAUUUUCAAUUUCAAAUUAGGGUUAACCUCUCCUAAUUCAAAAACCGAUUAAAAGUCGCCUACUUCAAGAACAUAUUCGUACUAAGAAAUAUAUUAGAAAUUAUGUACAUUCAAGUAUCAAGAGAAGUAACAAAGUGGCGCAAUUAGUAACAUUGUGGCUUUUUUCAGAAAUAACUAGUGAAUAGAAUAUUCAACACGAAAACAAAAAGAAAAUGGUAAUAAUUCGAGAUUUUACUUUUAUAACUAUUCUUUGUACUUUGCAUAACAGAAUAGAUAUAAAUACACAAACAAAAUUUCAAAAAUAAAAUUUUUAAGUAAAACAUCUUUAUUUUUGUGGGAACUAACCUAAAAAAACAAUAGAAGUUUAUUUUUAUACAAGCAACUUUUGAGUAAUAUGUCACUAGAAAUAGAUAUUAAAUUUUUUCAAAGAUCCAGCAAGUUUUUAGUAUUUGUCUCAUUGCGUCUUGUUUAUUAAACUUCAAUACCAGAACUAAAGUUUCCAUCAGAGACUUGCUAGAAGAAUAUUAAUUAGAAUUUGCUUAAAAUAACCAACUUGGUGAUGAAACUUGGAGCAAGAUAUAUCCAGGCUAAAUAGUCAUUGUUCAACCUACAACAAUUAUUACCAAAUGCCCAACAUUCCUCUAUGUGUAUUCCUCUUCUAAUUUCUACUUGUAUAGGCGCAACAGUGGUAAAUGUGGUGACUGUAGUUGAUAUUGAUUUAAUGUUGUAAUUUAUGUCCAAUUGGCUUAAGAGAGUUCUUAUUACAAUCAACCGAUGAUUCAAUAUAUAAAUUUUAAUAGGAAACUUAAGAAAUCUCAAUUCGUAAUUGAUUUGUACUCGUAUACUAUGCAAAAUCAAGGGCAAAAAUGUGUAAACGAAAUUUUAUCUCUUAAUUUAAUUUUGUGGAACAAAUAAAAAGUAACUAGCUUUUACCCUCGGCUUCGCUCGCAUCGAAUUCAUUAAAUAAGUAUCAGAAAUCAUUAUAAUAGAAAAGAACGAACUCUGUAGCUAUAUUAGAACCUGAGAUAUAGAUCUUUGAAUGUAGAAGAAUUGCCAAAAACCUACAAAAAUCCAUAACUCCACAUUGAAUGUCCGCGCCUAGCUCCUCUCCAACUCAACCGAUUCAAGUGUUUAAAAACUCAAAAGAAAGAAGGUGUUUCAGCGAGUGUUCUUAAACCAAAACGAAGUCUCUAUCUUGAAUAGAACCUGAGAUAUUGAGGAUAGAACGUGUGUAUGUGAAAAACUCCCAUAAGUAAUGUACAGGGAGAAAUCGCAUUUGAGUAUAACUUGAGAAUGGCGAAAAUUAGAUGAAAUCCGAUGGUUGAUGCUGAUCUGUGCAUCAAUACAAAAAAAAAAUUAAGCAAAUCGGUUGGGUAGAACGCCUGAACGGACUCGGAAUGGAAAUCAUCAAUUUUUUUAAUAUAUAAGAUUGAGAAAACAAUUUUCAAAACUUUUUUGAGAUACUAAAUAUUCUGUCUCUACAAUUUCUGUAAUGCAGUUACUUGUUAUUCUUAUAAUGAUGUACAAACACUAAAUAUGAAAUUUUUUCAAAAUAAUCUAUUAUCUUGAAAUAUAAUAAUUCUCUAAGUAUCCCUUCAAGUUCAAGGUAAUAUUUUUAUUAAAUGACUGACAUAGGAACUACCAUCUUGAAUUGAAACAUGACCAACUGCUUGCUUGAUUUAUCUUCAAUUAUUUUGAUAUAAAUUUCCUAAGAUUAACAUUUCAAACUUUAAUAACCACAAAUCUCUAAUGGCAGUUGGUAUUUUCAAACUAAUUCAAACACCAAACAGACAGUUUUUGAAGUUCGAUUUUGAAUGAAUCAAUCAAGACAUACUGUCACUGUCAUGUUAUAUCGAAAAUACUGGUGCAAAACAAAAGGAAAUGCUUCGCUCUUCACCCAAAAUUGUACAUGGUAAAAAAAGUCGCUGCAUUGAUCAAGCAUCUGAUGCUACAUUUUCUCGAGAUAAUUUUUAUAAGGCGAAGAUCUGAAUUUGUCUCUCAAGCUAAAGUUCUACCAAAACGUAAAGCUUUCAAAAACAUAAAAAUUUGAGUCUGACAUUUUUUAGCCUGGAGAUUUGUAUAUAUUAUAUUUGUAAUAAAUAUGUAACAAAUCUCCAGGCUAAAAACUUUAUGUAAGUUCAUUGUAUACUAUAUUGGGUAAGUUGCUGUUUAUCUGCUCGCACAAAUUUUUCAUUGUAUUGUGAGAUCCAAAAGGAAUCGUUAUUUAUGCUAACAUAUACAAUAUUUAUUAAAUCACAUUCGUAAAAGACAAAUAAAAAACUGACGAGAAAUUCAUCUUUAUUUCAAAGUGUUAUCCAAUCGAUCGCCUAUCUAAUAGUUGAUAAAUUUAAUGAAAAAAGUGUAUUGAAUAGUCAUAAGUUAUAGAGUGUAUCAUAAAUAAAGCUAUUCGUUUCAUGAUCGUGAUUCUGAUCAAACAUUUUUAAUCAAAGAACUCUUUCAAGCUAAUAUUAGUGUGAUUAUACAUGUCAUAUAGGUAUACCGAUCAGCUUAUACAAAUAUCGUGAACGUUAAAUUGAUUUUCACCAGAGUAAAAUCUGUGUGAAAAUGGGUUUACAUUCCUUUUUGUAUUUAUGUGCAAAAAAAUAGUCAAAUAUAACAGACUGUAUAUUUCAAAUGAUUCGAGUGCGAUUAUCAAAAUCGUUCCAAAUAAGCUCCUUAAACUUGAAAAAACAACAGAAAAAUGUGUUAAUAGUUCUUUCAAAAUCAAUAAGAGUGCAGAUAACCUUGAUCAGAAAACCUUUACUCAUCUCACAACAUUUCAAAAAUGAUGAUAAAAAUUUCAAAUUUAUUUUGUUUAUUCUAUUUUAUUCAAUAUAAUCCAUAACUAACAAUUUUAAUACUACAAUUAAAGUCAUAAUUCAUAAUCUUCGUGCUAUUUUAAAAAUACCCUUAUUGGCCAGAAUUAUUUUUCACAUUAAUUACAUUAAUUUAUUAAAAAUGAUAUUUGAUGAUUAAUGAAUUGAGCUGAAACUAUUUACAUGGCCUCCUAAUAUUUAACAAUUUAAUAACCAAUGCUUUCUCACAAUGAAUUUGGUGCAAAAGUAUUUAAUUAAACAACUUCAUUUAUACUGAGGAAAUAUUUAAAAAAUUCUUUGCAAUAAUCAGCAAAUAUUGAAAUAAUUGUGUCCGGCAUUUCCACCCAAAUGUCCGGCCAAACUGGCUAGUCUCUAUUGAACUUUUUUAAAUUAAUUUCAUAUAUUUAUAAUUUUGGUUUUAAGUAAUGAAAAAAUUCAGUUAUUUGGAUUAUGAAGGUAGUUCAUUGUAAUAAGACGCAUUAUCUAACGCGAGAACACCACCAGUAGGUAAAGUUGGAAUGAGUUUUUUAUGCAUUCCUCAAACUGCCACUCCUCUUCUCCUCAGGAAUGGGGUAGUAGCAAAACAUCUAUCAGAACGAAUGUCAACCAGUGGAGAUGCAUUCUUUCUGUUUUGCAGUUCAUUCACCAACAGUCAACUUUCUGAUCAUUUCUGAUUUUUUUAUUAUAAAAUAGUUAUUGAUUCUUGUUAAAGAAUCCAAAAAUCAUUUACCAUAGUUAGAAGUGAACUACAGUGUAGUGACGAAUUCGAACGUCUACCUUGAGAGGCAUUUCUCUAAUUAAUUUAGUUAAUUUACGUUUUUAAUGAUAAAUUGAUAUUAAACCAAUUUCUACGGCUUCUAAAAUAUCUUUUAGAUUCAAACGAAUAAAUAUUUUGAAGCCGUAUUGGAUUGUUUGGGACUUCAUUGAACCUGGUUUAGUCAGAGAUGUUAUCUGCUGGGUAUAUAAUCGACAUGAACUAUAUAUUCUCCAAUCUAUUUUAAAGAUGUACAAUUUACUACACAUAUGAAGUGUAUGAGAGUAUUAGGAAUUUUCAACGUAUACUGGUAUACUUUGACAAAUACAGGAAUUAAUGUGACAUAGCCACGCCCAUCAAUGCGCGUUACUAUAUGAUGGUAGUAGGGAUUAGUACGGUCCAUCAGGCCACUAUACUUGCCUACUAUUGUCUAUUUUAUUGUGGGGAACAGAAUUUACUACUUUGAUUAUUUUCCGUACUAAUUCAUUAAGCGUAUAACCAUCUUUGUUAUCCGAAUACUUUCUUAUUUUAACUUCGUGCCUGUCGUACGUUUCUCGACAUUCACUUCUGUAUUUGCCAAACUGUACAUACAGUUAUUGUCAAUUUGUUAAAAUACAAUACAACAUUAUUAAUCAUAGUUUUCAAUCAAAUGAAAUAUGCAGUCUAUAAACUCUUAUUUAGUGUUUAUGAACUGACUCAUAGGCUAGAAUUUUCAAGAAAGUAGUGAGACUCUUAAAGCAGACUGAAAAAAAAAAUAUUUUUUCAUUAUACUCUUCUACUUUUCUAAACUGUAGAUGUAGAUGUAAUGUGAAUGCGGUAAAAUGUAUUUGCACAUGGGUAUUAAAAGUGGUGGUAUAAUUUAAUAAUUUCUCUCAAUAGUUGGGUUAACUUCGACCAAAAAAUAAAAGUGAAGACAAAUAAAUUUACAACAAGCUGAAAAUCAGUAAAAUUAUUCGAAAUAUAUAAAAUGUUUGAAUUCCUCGCCAUUCUCAUAUACGGAACAGUUUUUACUGAAAAUCAAAGAUCAAAAAAUAAGUUUCUUGAGUUUUUUCUGCAGCUGCAGAACGAUUUCGUCUCAGUUUAGCAGCAUCUUCAUCUUCUCAUAUCUUAUUUGAUUUAUCAAUUUCUAUUAGUCCAAAGAAUUUAAGAAACAAAACAAUAAUUUAUAGGAGAGGAGAAAUCGUGUUCUUAAUCAAAAAUGUAUCAAUGCCUAAUCAUUUUACUGAAUUCUUCAAUAAAUUCGGCCGAAACUUGCGGCUCAAUAACCUAACGAACCAUUCCCUUAUGGUAGUAAUAGACGGAUCUUUUUUUAGAAUGUGUGAUUUUGGAAAGCCCAUCAUUUUUCAGUUUAAGUGUUAAAAAAAUAUGUGAAUAAUAUUUUGAAAAAUUUGGCGCAAAACUUUCUUCACAUUCAUAAGAGAAAAUAUUAAAGAAGAGAAGAUUCACCAUUAUUCCUGUGCAGCUACGUUCAGAUUCCCUUAUGCAGCAAAUUUUACCGGAAACUAAAAGAUCUUUAGAAAUUUAGUAAAUUACUCACUUUUUUACUAUUGGGCGAGCGGUGAAUUAAACUAAACGUUGUGACCAUCGUAAUUUAAAAAAUGUGAGCUAAGAUGUUGUGUGAAUAAAUAUAUUUAUGUUAAUUA